AGGCCGCUUCCUGAGCACUUUCUCUUAUCCGAGCAAAGUUGGCUUGCCCACCAAAUCUGAAUUCGCCUGUGGAAAGCUAACACCUGUCUUGGAAAAGGAUGUCAGAGAACCAAGCCAACCACCACCACCACCCAAUGAACAAUAAUGUGGGGGGUAGGGCCCCUGCCGGAAACAACCGUGGGGUCCGCAACCUCAACCAGAACCCCCUCAUCAACGUACGUGACCGCUUGUUCCAUGCCCUUUUCUUCAAGAUGGCCGUCACCUACGCCCGCCUCUUCCCACCUUCCUUCCGUCGUAUAUUUGAAUUCUUCGUACUUCUUAAGGCCUUGUUUGUGCUCUUCAUCCUGGCAUAUAUCCACAUCGCCUUCUCCCGCUCCCCCAUCAACUGCCUGGAGCACGUCCGAGACAAGUGGCCACGCGACGGGAUCCUGCGGGUGGAGAUCCAGCGCAACUCCAGCCGCGCCCCCAUCUUCCUCCAGUUCUGCGAGAGCGACCGCUUCCCGGGUAUGGUUGUCGAGGCAGCCGGUGGGGAGGAGGAGGAGGAGGAAGAAGAGGAGGAAAUGAGCGUGGAGAUGUUUGAGAACAGCUCCAUCAAGUUUGAGCUGGAUAUCGAGCCCAAGGUCUUCCUCAAGCCCUCCCGCCUGGGCGGCGCCAAGGUGCCAGCCCCCAACGAGAGCCAAGAGUUCUCCUUCAGCGGCGAGCCGGCGUCUAAAGGUAUGCAGCCCCUCAGCGAGACGGUGUCCGAGUUUGAGAUGCUAGCCAAAGCAGUCUGGCCCCAGGAAGAGUACAUCGUGGAAUACUCCUUUGAGUACGGGUUCCUCCGCUUAUCCCACAGCACCCGCCAGCGCCUCAGCAUCCCGGUCAUGGUGGUGACGCUGGACCCCACUCGAGACCAGUGCUUUGGAGACCGGUUCAGCCGCCUGCUCCUGGACGAGUUCCUUGGCUACGACGACAUCCUCAUGUCCAGCGUGAAAGCCUUGGCUGAAAACGAAGAGAACAAAGGGUUCCUCCGCAACGUGGUAUCCGGGGAACACUACCGAUUCAUCAGCAUGUGGAUGGCGCGGACCUCGUACCUGGCAGCAUUCGUCAUCAUGGUCAUAUUCACUCUGUCUGUCUCCAUGCUUCUGCGAUACUCGCACCACCAGAUCUUCGUUUUUAUUGUGGACCUUCUGCAAAUGCUGGAGAUGAACAUGACCAUUGCCUUCCCGGCAGCCCCACUGCUGACCGUCAUCUUGGCUCUCGUGGGCAUGGAGGCGAUCAUGUCCGAGUUCUUCAACGACACCACCACAGCCUUCUACAUCAUCCUCAUCGUGUGGCUGGCAGACCAGUACGACGCCAUCUGCUGCCACACCAACACCAGCAAGAGGCAUUGGCUGAGGUUUUUCUACUUGUACCAUUUUGCCUUUUAUGCCUACCAUUACCGCUUCAAUGGGCAAUACAGCAGCUUGGCACUGGUCACAUCGUGGCUUUUCAUACAGCAUUCCAUGAUCUACUUUUUCCACCACUACGAGCUUCCGGCCAUCCUGCAGCAAAUCCGGAUCCAGGAGAUGUUGCUCCAGAACCAGCAGGGUGGGGCCCAGACCACCCUGCAGGACAACCUCAACAACAACAACACCGUGGCUCCCGCUGACCCGGCCGGCCCGCGGCCCCACCUGGACGGGGGCCCCGCUGGGGACGGCCCCCUGGCGCCCGAGGAUGCCCACACGGCGGCCGUUGUAGCCGCCACGGUAGCCUCCCUGGGCGACAACUUCAACUGGGUGGCGGAGACAGCCGUCAUCGCAGAAGCCUCCUUCAUGUCCAACCUGAGCAGCUCCCUCCUGGACCCCAGCGUCGCGCCAGAAGCUGCCGGGCCCAGUGGGGACCUCCAGGACGUGGCGUCUGCCUCAAGCGUCAUGACCCACCUCCUGGUCAGCAGCGACCGCGCAGAGGCUCCUGUAGGGUCCAUUGCCAUCGAGGUCACGUCGACCGCUGGGGUUCCCUCACCAGGCGGAUCGGCCUCUUCUGCUGCUGCUGCUGCCGCCACCCCCCUCAGUCCAGCCCGCGAGGACAUCCCACAGCCUCCAGAGAGCUCAACCGGCCGCGGCAAACCCCCGGACACAGACUGCCUCGCAGGCCAUUGUCCACUCGGCUCUGUUGCAAGUGGGCCCCCGGGCGAGGCCUCUGAGGGGGGACUUGCGCAGGCGGACUCCUCGACGCCGGCGCCUUUGGACAGUGCGGCUGAUGCAGGCCCAGAUCCCCGCCGCCUCUCCUGAGCUUCCUGGCGGACGGGAUGCUUGUCAGUUCGACCGUCCAUUCUCCCUGGGCUCACCUGCAAUUCCUCCAUUGAGGAGAUGCUGAGCUUAAAAGGCCAGAGGCAGAGGGAGAGAACUUCCCCCCCUCCCUUUCUCU